CGCGUUAACGAAUGUUGUUUUCGUAGUGCCUGACGAAGCUGUGAUUGAAAGUUGAAGCUAAAUUUCCUUCAAGUAAAAUAAUAAUUUUGCGUGGAGUCAACAAGCUCUAGGUACGCCUUUUUGUAUAAUGCUCUUCUCUUAUCAGGGGAGAGUGUACAAGAGAUGAUAAGAAGUAUUAAAAAUAAGGUUUUUUGAGCUAGUCUUCAAUUGAAGCUGGCACUAAUUUCCAAUAUCAGUCGGAGCUUAAGUCUGUUAAUUCGCAGUCGGUAGUCGAGAGGUGCGGAUCGGCAAGUCUUGCGAGACUGGUUUAUGUGUUUUAUUUUAUUUUCUUUGGUGUUCGUUUGUAUUUUUUUAAAUAAUUACUAUGAGUUGUUUGUCGCGUUUUCGCUUAAUCACUUUCGAUGUUCAUAACACGUUACUGCAAAUCCGAUCUGCACCGGGUAAAAAGUAUGGAGAACUUGGUGCUAUGUUCGGCAUUAGUAACAACAAGAAUCAGCUGGUGGCCAAUUAUGUGCAAAGUUGGCAGAAAAUGAACCGGUUACAUCCGAACUUUGGACUGAAGACUAAAAUCGGAUACAAGCAAUGGUGGCAGAUGAUGAUCGGAGGCAUUUUCAACGAGAACGGAACACAUAACAUCCCGGACGACAAGAUUGAACAGAUGACAGAACAUUUUAUGGAAUUCUUCAAAACCAGUGGAUUUUGGCAGCACUGCUACGGUUCGGUUGAUUUUCUAAACUUCUUGAAACUUCAACGGCACAUAGAAUCGCAUGGUAACAAAGAACCUCCGUUUAAGCUGGGUGUGGUAUCCAACUUCGAUCCCAGACUUGAUGUUUUGCUUAGAAACAUGAAGCUGAAUCACUACUUCGACUUUGUUCUCAAUUCCUACGAUGUUGGAUACAUGAAACCAUCAAAAGAGAUCUUUUCUGCCGCCAUGAAGGCGUCCGAGCUGAAGGAUCUCAAACCACAAGAGUGUUUGCAUAUUGGAGCCACGCCGGCAACCGACUAUUUCGGUGCGCGACAUGCCGGAUGGUAUGGAUUACUAGUGCAUGAAAAAUCUGCAGAUGAACUGUCUCGAAAAUAUGGACAAACGGUUGAUGACAAUCAUGUGUUCUCUAGUCUGUUUGAUAUUCAUAAGAAGAUUUCGAAUGAUUAUAUGAAAUGGUAAAUGUAUAAAAGAAUAAACGGGAUGUAUAUGUGUUUUAUAA